CUUCACUUCGCAGGAGCCGGGGCCCCGGUAGCUUUGCGGUAAAGGAAGAGGCAGCUGCCUCUGCCGUCGGCUCGGCGGCCGCGGGACACGUGGGCGGCGGGCCGCCCGCCUCCACCCGGGACACAUAAAGGCGGCGCGGCGGGGCAGGAGAGGGCGCGACGCGGGACUCGCUGGUGGGACGGGGCUGCGCGGCCCGACCCGGCCCCGGCCUCUAGGGUCCUGGCGCCGGUUUUCCCCGUCAGCCACCGGGGGCUGCGGGAGCUCCGCGCCGCCUUGCCCGGGCAGCGGCUGAGCCCCGCCGCCCCAUGGAGAUCUCCCUCAAGUACCUGCCCGGCGGACGGGCCGCUGCUAGUGGAAGUAUGAUGGCUCAGUCAGAUUUAGAUCUAGAAGAGAUGACUCUGAAAGAGGAUUUGAAGUUUUACUUCAUGAACCCAUGUGAAAAAUACAGAGCAAGACGUCAAAUACCAUGGAAACUGGCUUUGCAGAUUUUGAAGAUACUUAUGGUUACUACACAGCUUAUUUUUUUUGGUUUGAGUAACCAGCUGGUGGUCUCAUUCAAAGAGGAAAACACUGUUGCUUUUAAACACCUAUUCCUGAAAGGCUACUCUGGAGUUGAUGAGGAUGACUACAGCUGCAGUAUAUAUACACAACAAGAUGCUUAUGAUAGCAUUUUUUAUGUUAUUAAUCAGUACAGGCAAUUAAAAAGCAUCUCCCUGGGGACCCUUGGUUAUGACCAUGAAGGAGCAGGUUUAAAAAUCUGCAAACAACAGUACAAGAAACACACAAUGCUUCCUUCCAACGACACCCUGAACAUAGAUGUCUCUACUGAAACAGAAUGUAUCUUUUUUAAGCCACAGGAGUUAGCUGGUAAGAAGGCUGAACUGAAGCUGAACUCUUCUUUUUUCAACCUUGAAUUUUACAGGCUUAUACAGGUUGAAAUCUCCUUCAAGCUGAAAGGCAUUGCACUACAGACAAUCCAUGCCCGUGAAUUGCCUGACUGCUAUGCAUUUCAGAACACUAUAACUUUCAAUAAUAGAGCUCACAGUGGAAAAAUCAAAAUCUAUUUUGACAGUGACACUGAUAUUCAAGAAUGUAAAGAUUGGCACAUAUUUGGCUCUGUUCUCCAGAAGAACACUCAGUAUAUUCUAGUCUUUGAUGGAUUUGUCAUUCUAAGUUGCUUUGCUUCUCUCAUCCUCUGCACAAGAUCCAUUGUUCUUGCCCUGAGACUGCAAAAAAGAUUUGUGAACUUCUUCAGGCAGAAAUACAAGCGUCGUGUCUGUGACUCUGAUCGUCUGGAGUUCAUCAAUGGGUGGUAUAUCCUGGUAAUUAUCAGUGAUGUGAUGACAAUCAUCGGUUCAGUCCUAAAAAUGGAAAUAAAAGCAAAGAACCUCACAAGUUACGAUGUCUGCAGCAUUUUACUUGGAACAUCAACCUUAUUUGUCUGGGUCGGAGUCAUCAGAUACCUGGGAUAUUUUCAAACCUACAAUGUGCUAAUUUUAACUAUGCAAGCAUCGUUGCCUAAAGUGCUAAGGUUUUGUUGUUGUGCUGGGAUGAUUUAUCUUGGCUAUACUUUCUGUGGUUGGAUUGUCCUGGGACCUUAUCAUGAAAAGUUUGAGGAUCUGAACACAGUGGCUGAGUGUUUGUUCUCUUUGGUCAACGGCGAUGAUAUGUUUGCGACGUUUGCUCAGAUCCAGCAGAAGAGCACACUGGUGUGGCUGUUCAGUCGGCUGUAUCUGUACUCCUUCAUCAGCCUGUUUAUAUACAUGAUCCUCAGCCUUUUUAUUGCACUCAUUACUGACUCUUACGACACCAUAAAGAAAUAUCAGCAAAGUGGAUUUCCAGUGACAGAUUUACAUACAUUUCUAAAAGACCAUGGCAGUGCUGAUUACAGGAAAGAACAGACUUCCAUGUCAUUCAUCUGCUGCUGUAGGAGACAACAGAGUGAUGACAACUUGAUACUUAUUAACUGAUGAUUACACAUCAGAAUUCCCCAGUAAUAUAUGCAAAGAAAGCAUGGUUGCAAGGAGAAUAAUUGUUCUUCAGAUUGUACCGAAGCCCGCUAUCAGGACUUGCCUUGUUGUGAGCAGACUGAUCUUACCCAAUUAAGUUGUUGGGGGAAGAAAACCAGCUAGUGUGACAUCAGCUGGCUGGCCAGGAGGAGAGCCCAGAAGCUGCAUCUGGAGGAGAGCUGUGAAGAACUCUGCUUUCUUGCCCCGAGUUUUGUCACUUUGAAGGCAGCUGAUCCUUGAGCAGUGUCCAUGGGAGCUCCGUUUGCUACUCAUCUCUGGGGGGAAGGAAACUGGCCUGGAACCAAGUGUUGUUCUUAAGGAGAAAGAAACAAAAAAGACAUGCAAAAUUUUAAAGUAUAAUUCUGCGAUUAAAAAAGUGUAGGCAAGGAGAAGAGAGGAGUUUUUUUCACGUGAAGUGAUGCAUUUGGCAUUAAGACUAACUUCUACUUGGUGCAAUUCAUGUCCAUGAAAUAAAUUUAUGUAAAACUACA